AUGCUCAGACAUGCGCUGCCUGUGUCCCAGGGCCAGGCCUUGCCAGCCCCAGGGACAGAGGCACCCUACGCGGGCUCGCGCAGACUCGCGCAACGAUACGAGUACAAGGGCACUUCCUUUUCGGGCAUGGUGGAACUCCAUCCUCAGCGCCUGCUGACUCGGGAGGAGUUCAAGACGAACUUGCUGGCAGCACCAGGCGUGCUGAAGGUCGUGGACAAGAGCUCCAAGACCUCGCAGGGCAACCGAGGCGACCACGUCUUCGAGCAGAACCUGGAAGUCCACCUGCACCGCGAGCCCCAUGCCCAGGGCAGGGGAAGCGCCUGGAAACAAGCAGCCGAACAGUCGGCCAGGCUUUGCCAGCGCGACGGCCCAGAGCACUCGCCGCCUUCUUACGCCGGGCUGGACCAGGAGCCCGCUCGCAGGCUCACAUCCGAGAUGUGCGGGCGCCUCGAGGAGGUGCAGUGGGCCACUUGCGUGGUGUGUUGGCGGGCCUGGUGCGACUUACCCGCCGGCUAUGAGUUCUCGCGCACGCAGCAGGGCUUGCGGUCUCCCCAGGCUCCGUGGUUCGACUCGUCCGCGAGCGUCAUCACGAGAGCCCGUAAAAAGGAGGCAGUCAACCAGUGGCGCCUGGAGGCAUCGGGGUCUGUGGAGGAAGCGCGCAACUUCCUUGCAGCCAACGCGGAGCACGAGGCUAUCGCCCGCCGUGUGCACGAACCUGAUGGGAAACGGGUGAUGACGAUAUGCGCUGGCUGCCAUGCCCAUCUCAAUGAAGACCACGUCCUUCCGGCACCUGAAGAAGAGAUGCGCCUGUGCGACUACGUCGUGGAUCCUGUGUCGUGCUCGGCUACGCCCGACGGCCCUGCCAUCGCGCACGAGCGAUUUGAGGGUGCCUCUCCGCCAGGCCUUGCCAGCGACGGGAGUGCGUGCUCCAGAAUGCUCGGGUUCAGCGUGCACGAGUUCGCGCACCCGGUGGCGGCGCUCACGGACCACGAGGAAAUUGUGCUGGGUUUGGUCCACCCGCUCGUCCAGGUGCAUACCAUUCCUCGCACCGGGCAAUUGGCUCACGUCGGCCACAUCUGCAAUUUCCGGCAGAUGACCAAGUUUCUGACCAGUCUGCCAAUCAUGCCCGCCGACAUGCCCGUGGUGCACGUUCGCCCUCGCAAGUACAAGGGUAAGGCGGGUGGGCGCGCGUUGUUCAAGGUGGGCGCGCGCAAACUCAAAGCCGCUUUCCUGUGGCUCAAGGCCAACAACCCGCACUGCGCGAACGCGGAGUGGCGAGGCGACGCCGCGGAUGCGUGGGCCGGAGACGACGCGCAGGUGGGCGCCACCCGGGAGGCCGACGACGACUCCGCGAAGGUCCCGCCCGUCACUCCAACGUGUUUCGAACGGUGGAUGGGGCUCGCCGUCUCAGAGGCCGCGGCAGGUGAUUUCGGGCAUGCCAUCGGCAAGCGAGUCCGCGAACUCCUUCUGGAAGGGGAGCCCGUUGACGCGGAGCCAGACUCUACCGACGCACCAGGUUAUGACGCGCGGGGGCGGGCUCGGCGCCUCGUCGCCGAGGUGUUUGGCCAGAACGUGUACCGCGUGGCCACGUCUCUAUCGCAAGACAUCAUCGCGGUGGCUCUGGCAGCGCGCGGCAUCCUGGAUCUGGGUCUGCCGCAGGGGGGAGAACCGUCCGACGCGCUUCGGGCCAUCCGCUCCCUUGACGCACAUGACUGCCCGGUGGACCUCCAUGUGUUCCGCGCGGAACUGGAUGCAGCGAUGAUGGAAGAGUGCGGCGAGGACCCCGAAGUCGUGCGCACCGGAGCCACCGCGUCGGCCGAGGCGGGGGAUGACGUGGGCCUGCGAGAAGACGUGGUCCACUCGCUCGCAGGCGCGGCCGAGGAGAUCCCCGGACGGCGAAACGAGGCGCCAGGCUUUGCCAGUGCGCGCCCCGCUGCGGACCCGCCUGCAGAGGACGCGUCGCACGGCCACGGUCGGAAGCUGAAGUAUCCGCGCGUGGACCCGCCCGACGUGGAGGACGAGCCCAGGCAGGCCGUCCGGGAGGACGCGCCGGGGUACAUAGCGAAAGCUUUCCCGAAACUGUUCUCGCACGGGGUCGGCGGCUACCAUGGCGACAGGGGCGGCUUGCGCCGCGCGCUUCGAUUCGAGGAGUGGGGCCAGUGCGCUAUGCUGUGGAACGACGGGCGGUUCAUGCGCCACACCAGGUUUCGCUACUGGCUCCUGGACACCAUGCUCCGAGUUAUGGUCGCGGGCGCCCAGCGGGUAUUUUUCUGCGCCAAGAAAGCGUGCCAAGACUACACGCUCGAAUCGUUGAUGGACAAAGGCGAACGGCGCGAGCUGGUGCAGCAGAUGUCGACCGUGACGAACUUGAUCCCGGGAUCCAUCGGCGAGAGGCGCAAGAUGCGCCAGGAACUCGAGGCCAUAGUUCACCAGAUCGAAGCGGAGACGGCCGACUUCGGGAUGAACGGCGGCGCCGGCAGGAUCCCGUCCGGCUUUUGUACGCUGACCUGCAGCGUGUACAAGUGGGCACAACUACACGCCACGCUGUUGAAGGCAUGCCCUUCCGGUGACGCCGACAAUCCCGCGUUCCAGACAGGGAGGCCGCCAUGA